AUAACCUCACGAAAGCUCAGGAAGUAGAACCUUGUCUAAAAUCGCUAGGGAAUAUCUAUAGUAUUUUUCCAUUUUUUUAAAUAAUAUGAUAUAGAAUAAGCUUCAGUAUAAAAAUUACCGCGACGUUGUUCACAUCAUGGAAUACGGAAUUAUUUUGAAUAUAACAGGUUUGGGUGAAGAAUACAAUGAAGAAGCAGCGGUUCCAUCAUUCUCACAUCAACAUGUAUUUACAUUAUCAACCAAAGUCGAUAGUAGAAUUCAAAAAGUAGUUGAUUUAAUAAUUAUUACUUUUACUAUAUUAUUAAAUACAGUUGUACUUUUAUCAGUUUUCAUGCGUAAGUCAUUAUACACAUCAGUUGGUUGUUAUAUAUUGAGUUUAAUACUUUCUAAUAUCGUCAACAUUUUGGAUCUAUUGAGAAAUGUAAUUGUGAAUUGGUUUAAUAUAAAAUUCAAAACUGAUCAUGAUUACAUAAAUCAAGUUACUUUUCGCGCAUCUAUUUGCACAGUUACAAUGUUAACUGUUGAUCGUUACAUAUCAUUCUGUUGUAAGGAAACGUCAUCUCACAGAAUUUUAACAAAAGCAUCAACAGCUGUAAAAGGUGUCAUAAUAAUAUGGUCAUUUUGUUCAAUUACAACAAUAAUGGAACUUCAUCUUUAUGAUCAUUAUGUUAUUCAAACAGGAAUAAUUCUCUCUGUGUUUACGACAACUAUGUAUUUGAUUACAACAACUUUUAUAAUUAUUUUUUUGAUUACAAUGAUUAUCGUGCAGUUAAAAGAAAAUAAAAUUACUACUGGAGGCACGUGGAGAUCCGAACAAUCCGAUAGUCUUCGAUUACUUGUUGGAAUUGUUGUUGGGUUAUAUAUAACAAUUGUCCCCGACAGAAUACUUACUGUACUCUAUUAUACAUCAUCAUUUUGCUGCUCACUCUUCACCAGACACGUGUGCUUCUACCUCGCAAAAUUUUCAUCAAUCAUUUGUCCAGUUAUUUGGAUUGGAACGUCAAAGCUCCUUCGCCAAUGUAUUAAAGUAAUAUAUCAAAUACUUUUUUAUUUAAAAACAUUUAAAUAUGUAUAUAAUAUUAUUAUUUAUACUUGUAAUGAAUUAUUAUCAAUAAUUAAUAUUUGUCAUGAUCUUUUAUCCAGAAAACAUUUUGUUGCAAUCGCAGAUCAUGAUAUUCUUUUCAUAGAAGAUGAAUUAUACCAUAAGCCAUCUGAUAGAGACAUAAAUGCAUGCAAGUUACUAUAGACAUAUAUUAUAUACUACAUAUAUACAUAAUACUACUUGUGGCCACUCCCGUGCAUUACGAAUUCAUCUAGCGUGCUUUUGGAUACCCAAUGUUGGUUUGCAGCGGAUUUUCAAUGCAUUCAAGGAAGAAGAGGUUUCAAAUGUGAUAAAAAGUCACCGAGAUGAUAUUGUCAGACGUAUGUAUGUAUUUAUGUAUGUAAGAAUCAUUGAUAUCCUUUUAACGGACUCUUUAUACUAAACACUAGUCAAAAUGGUAAAUCGGAAAGCUAUCACUUCCGUUAAAAAUCAAAACUUUUAUUCAUGUAUUCAAAUUUAUUUAUUUUUUAAAAUAAAUUUAUUAUUGA